CAACAGCCACCCGCGACCCCAAGUCCCGAUCGGCCGCCGAUCCCGAUCCCGAUCCCGACCCCACCUCCCUGGCUCCACAGCACCCCUGCUCCACACACACGGCCGCCAGCAAGCCGCCGGCCCUAGGCCCUACCGUCGCAGCGUCGCCUGCUUGACUAUCUGCCUCCAGCCCUCCAGCAAGACUUCAGUCGCCUGCCCCAGCCUGGCUGCCGCCGCCCUCCAGCAAGGCAGCAAACGCCGGCCUCCGGCCGCCCGUCCCUAGGCCAGAGGCCACCCCUAGGCCGCUAGGCUUCCACCGCCGACGCCCACAGAAACCGUAGGCGCCACCAGGCCACCACGAGAUCCCUGCCGUGACGGAGAAUGGAGGCCGCCGCGGCCGUCCUCCCCACGCUGGUGCCCUCCGGGAGCGCGGUGGUGGUGCUCCUCGCCUACCUCGGGUAUCUCGCCGCCGCUGGAGCCAUCCUCCCAGGGAAGCUCGUCGACGGAGCCCUACUCCCGGACUCCUCUCGCCUCCACUAUCGCUGCAACGGUUUGCUCUCGCUCCUGCUGCUGCUGGGACUCUCGGCGUUCGGUGUCUACAUGGGGUGGAUGUCUCCCACGGUUGUAGCUGACAUGGGACUCGAACUUCUGUCAGUGACCUUUAUUUUUAGUGUCAUUGUUUCUUUUGCACUCUACAUUGCCGGCAUCAAGUCCGGCCACAAAAGUUCUUCUUUGAGACCACAUGUUAGUGGGAGCUUCAUGCAAGAUUGGUGGUUUGGAGUGCAACUUAAUCCUCAUUUUAUGGAAGUUGACCUCAAAUUCUUCUUUGUGAGGGCAGGAAUGAUGGCAUGGUUAUUUAUUAACCUCUCUUUGUUUGCAAAGAGCUACUUUGCUGGUUCAGCCAAUCUUUCGGUCAUUCUCUACCAAUUUUUUUGUGCGUGGUAUAUCAUUGAUUACUUCGUCCAUGAAGAAUUCAUGACCUCAACGUGGGACAUUAUUGCUGAAAGACUGGGUUUCAUGCUGGUGUUUGGUGAUCUAGUUUUCAUCCCUUUCACCUUCACUAUUCAGGGGUGGUGGCUUUUGAAGAACAAAGUAGAGCUGUCCCUUUUGUCUGGUCUAGCUAACUUAUGCAUCUUUCUUAUUGGCUACCUAGUGUUCCGAGGAGCUAACAAGCAAAAACAUGUGUUCAAGAAGGACCCCAAAGCUCCUAUAUGGGGAAAACCUCCCAAAGUUGUCGGGGGAAAGCUACUAGCAUCUGGUUACUGGGGCAUCGCAAGGCACUGCAAUUAUCUCGGAGACCUGCUGCUAGCACUUUCGUUCAGCUUGCCCUGUGGAGUGAGUUCCGUGGUCCCAUACUUCUACCCCACGUACCUGCUCAUUCUACUGGUCUUGAGGGAAAGGCGCGAUGAGGCGAGGUGCUCGCAGAAGUACAGGGAGAUCUGGGCAGAGUACUGCAAGCUCGUGCCGUGGAGGAUCCUGCCUUAUGUGUACUGAAGAGACGGUAGAAACCAAGGCAGCUCAUGGCCCUGGGCCAGCUGUAAACCUUAUUUUGUUUGCCCUUAACCAGUUGGUGAAUGUUGAUGUAGCACUCGGUAAACUGUGACCGUGCAAACUUUUGUUAUUGUUGGUCCAUACAUGUUUGGAAUCGUGAAUCAGACCGCCUCACUUGGUGGCAUAUUAUUCCCUUUAGCGCUUGCUUGGGAGCUAGGACCCGAGAGGAUUGAAGGGGUUAAAAUUUUCUUGUUAUUCAAUAUUGAAUAUUAAGGAAAUUUUAGUGACUUUAAUCCUCUCCGGUAUCCUUGCUCUCAAAUAAGCCCUUAGUUAUGUAUAAUCUAAAUAUUAUGUUAUUGUUCUUCAAACAUUAGAUACAUCUAAGAAAUUUAUUCAUACAAUCUAAUAUGUUGAAGUCU